AUUGUUGUUUUCCAGCUCAGAACCAGCCCAGCUGCUCAAGUCUUUCAUCUGUACAGCCGGCUGCAGCACUGAUCCAGCAACGGCAAUGUUCUCCCCAGUAUCAUUCAUCUGUCACAUCCGUGGGGCAAACAGAUGGAACAAGCCACCAGGGCAUGCCACAGUCCAAAACACGAAAUUGUCCAUAUCCUGAAUCACUCAGUGGGCAGAAACUACUUACUACCCUUACUUAUUUCCCAGCAUGCCAGGAACCGCCUUUACAAGACAAUCGGAACAUAGAGCUUUUGCCCCUGAUUAAUGGAAAUGAAGCACAGUCCUUGCAUUCCUUACCUUGCAUGGAUGAUUUGCGGCUUCCUCGAUGUCUCUCUCCGUUAGAGUCGUCCACCUCAGCAGCAAAACAUCAGACUACCUUCAACCUACCUUCUUCUCCUUUUACCUUCAACAGCUCAACGAAUCAAAGCGAUAAUAUCCAGCUAAAGUCACCUGUACAUGGCUUCCGACCCUGGCUUGCAGUAAACUCCAGGCCACUACAAUUUCCUUUCAGUGCCAUCACUCACGGAGCAAAUAAAAGUGUGUCUUUACCCCAAGAUUCAAAGCAACUGCAAAAACAUCUGGAGUUGAAUCCACAGAGAACCCGGACAGCAUCUUGUUCUGUUAAAGAGGUGAAAGAGAGAGGAGCCAUAUCUGCUGGUCAUGAAAACGUCGCAGAAAGGAAAUCUGAUCUCAGGAAGAUAAAGAAAGAUUUAAAAUGUAAACAAGUUGACACUAAAGUUGAUGCUGCAGUGCCUAAAAAGAGGAAGCGUACAGGUUGUACACAAGAGGCCAUUCCCCCUUUGGCAUACAAGCAUGUGAAAGCCAGCAAUGGAACAAAAGGUCAAAUCAACCUGAGCGUUUGUUUAGUCAGUUUGUCGAGCAACAAUGUGCUGGCAAAGGAAAGAGAAAUGGCGGCCGGUUCAAACAAGCCAAACACAUUUGUAGGGAAAACAAAUGAACUGUCAACCAUCGCAGAAAGUCGGGGAGAGAAAACCAGAGAGCCUGGGGAUCUUAAUAAUAACCAGACGCGGAUCGGGACCAGGGGCUUUUUGAAAAAAACUCUAGCGACCCCAAGUAGCUCAAGCAUAGAAAGUGUGGUUUUAAAACCUGUGGUCUGCAGAGAUCAGAUUGUGAAUAAACAAGAAGUCCCUAAGCGGGGACGCGGAAGGCCACGGAAAACAAAGGUUGAAGGGAUCUCUCCAGAGAGCACUCCUGCCAUCACGGACAGCAAAAGCCUCGAUGUAAAAAAAGAGGUGCAAAUUGACAGUAGUUUGUUGCAAGAGGAGAGCAAUAAAACAAGGAGAUGUAAAAAACUCAUCAGGAAUAGAAAUAAAGUGGAGGCAGUUCCACCGAUGGCCUUAAGUGCUGAGGCAAACCACAUUGGUGAUGUAAUCCCAUCUGGAAGAAAACCUGGGGCACUCAAACGGCCACGAAUGGUCAGUCUGAAGGAGUUUCAAAAGCUUAUCAAACGCCAACACUCAAAAACAAGGAAGUCAAAAGAAAGCCAGGACAAGAAAACAAGUGAAACUGCAAAAGUUGUAGAAUGUGAGGAAGGGAAGACUUGUGGUCGCAAAUUUGAAGAAUCAACUAACGGGACAGAAAUGUACAUUGCUCAGCCUCAGAACAGGGACAGGGUUAAAGAGUGUCACGCCGUCUUCAAUGUCACAGUUGAUAAAAAUCACAAUCAAAUUGUGAACAAAUCAGCAGCUGAGUAUGACGAAUCACAGAGAGAUGAGACAAGCAGCUCCACUAUUAAUGAGACCUGUUGGUUGGGUGAUGAGUCCCUUCCGGUGGUUUCCUUCAAUGUUGAAGGUCUCUUUGUUGAAGAGGCCGAGUUACCAGCUGAGACGGAGAAGCCACUGAAGCAUCCUGAUGAAGCACAAACAGCCUGUGAGGAAGGCGUGUCAGAUAAACCACAGCAGACUGAAGGAUUGUCUCACAGUUACACACAUCUGCCUCAAGAAGACAAAAUGCCUUUGGUGCACAACUUGAACUCCCGGAUCCCUGAGAGAACUAGUCCACCUCGGUUGGGCGCUGUCGGGUUCGGCAGGAGCUCCGGCUGUGAUCAAGAGGAAGAGGAGGAAGAGGAAGAGGAGGUAGACGUACUUCUUUUCUCUCCAGACAAAGUGACUCUGACUGAAGUGUUUGAGAAUGGACUCGACAACAUGGAAAUAACUCCUGAGGAAGAAGAGGAGGAAGAUGUGAUUGAGAUUGAUGUAACUGGAGAUUAGGCAGAAUAACCUUUGUAUUUGUGCAUAGUUUUUACUAUGUUGUGUGAGCAUUAUGUUCUUGCUGUUGGGGUUUUUAUGUAUGUUUGCAAAGAUGUCAGACAAAGUAAAUUUUGCUGUGAAGCUAUGUACAAUAGAUUUUUAUGUCCUUCCUUUUCCGUUUUCAUCACCAGUUUGGCAAUUAUAAGCUGUGUGCACGCAAGGAUGUGUGCUGGUUUUACCUUCAUUUUGUUCCAUAUGCAAGGUUUAAAUGCUUGUUUAAUUUUCAUUAAUAAUAUGCUUAAGAAUUGGUUACACAAGAAAAAAAGUUCUUACUAUUCCUGUUUUUCAAUAAUUGUAUUAGUUUUGUAUUUUAUUUUUGUUUUCAGUACAUUUUGAAUUGACUAAUUAAGGUAAAAGCACUUUAGCGGCAUUGUGUCUCUGAAAGUGUCUGUUGUUGACCUUAUUUUGAGCUUGUAUUUGUAAAGCACAUCGUGUUGUGUAAAUUACAUAAUUAUAGGUUAUUAAAAAAAACUGAAAUGUC